GACGCCAGACGGACGCCAGACGCCAGCCGGCCGGAUGACGGCCACCAGGACGGGGGCCUGGCCCCUGCUGUGGCCUCCCCUGCUGCUGCUGCUCCCGGGGCUGCCGGGCCAGCCCUGGGGGGCCGAGGCCCAGGCACAGGUCUGCUCCAUCAACAAGACCCUCUUCGAGGUGAAGGAGAACUCGAACGUGUCGGAGCCCCUGGUUGACAUCUACGUCCCCGACGGCCUGCAGGUGGCCCUCGGCCCCUCGACCACCCCCUCCGCAUUCCGGAUGCAGGGGACCCAGCUGUUUCUCAGCUCGAGUCCAGACUACGAGGCCACGACCUUCCUGGAGGCCGACCUGGAGUGCAGGAGAGGGACCACGGUGGUGACAAGGCUGCGAGUGUUCGUGACCGUGCUGGACGUCAACGACAACCCCCCCAGGUUCCCCUUCGACACCCUGCAGAAGGGUGUGGAGGAGGAUACGAAAGUGAACUCCACAGUCAUCCCCGAGACAGAACUGGAAGCCAAGGACCUCGACGAGAGCGACACCUUGUUCUACACACUCCAGGAAGUGACCCCGGGUGCUGGGGUCUUCUUCUCCCUGGCGGGCGCAAACCACCCUGCCCUGAGGCUGGACCGGACCCUGGACUUCGACAAGUGGUCAGAAAUGACCUUCCGGCUGCUGGUGCGGGACACCCAGCAGGAGGACAAGCAGCCCAGCCACACGGCCACGGCCACCCUGAUCCUGAAGGUGCUGCCCGCUGACCUGCGGCCACCCUGGUUCCUGCCUUGCAGCUACUCAGAUGGCCAUGUCUGCAUACAGGCCCAGUACCAGGGGGCAGUCCCCACGGGGCACACGCUGCCGGGUCCCCUCAUCCUACGCCCUGGACCCAUCUAUGCAGAGGACGGAGACUCGGGCAUUGGCCAGCCCAUCAUCUACAGCCUGCUGGGGGGAAACCAGGGUGGUGUGUUCAUCAUCGAUGCCAACUCGGGCAACCUCACCAUGGCCAGCGGCAUCCCCAGCCCCACAACCUUUGUCCUGCUGGUGAAGGGUGAGCAGGCCGACCUGGCCAGGUAUUCCGUGACCCAGGUCACCGUCGAGGCCCGUGCGGCCACGGGCAGCCCACCCCGCUUCCCCCAGAGCCUGUACCAAGGCACAGUGGUGCCUGGCUCCGGCGCCGGCACGGUGGUCAGGGACGCAACUUCCCCGGCUCAGCCGCUGAGGAUCCAGGCUCAGGACCCCGACUUCCCGGACUUCAACUCGGCCAUCACGUAUCGCAUCACCAACUGCUCAGAGUUCCGGAUGGAGGGCGAGACCGUGCUGACCACCACCCAGCUGCCCCACGCUGUGGUCUUCUAUGCAGAGGUGGAGGCCACCAACACAGUGACCACGGCCAUGGCCACCACUGUUGCCGAGAUCCGUGUCUCUGAGCAGGAGGCCCCCUCCACAGGCCGCCCAGAGACGGGAGAAACGACAGUGCCCUCGCAGGGGCCUCCCCAAACCGCUUCAGCCAUGCCUGGGGGAUCCCCCUCCCCCACGCCAACCACGACCUGGGGCUCAACACAGACCCUGACCCCAGGAACCUCUCGGCCGACAUCCCCGGAUACGGGGUCCCCCUCCUCCACGCCAACCACAACCAGGAGCUCAACACAGACCCUGACCCCAGGAACCUCUCGGCCGACAUCCCCGGAUACGGGGUCCCCCUCCUCCACGCCAACCACAACCAGGAGCUCAACACAGACCCUGACCCCAGGAACCUCUCGGCCGACAUCCCCGGAUACGGGGUCCCCCUCCUCCACGCCAACCACAACCAGGAGCUCAACACAGACCCUGACCCCAGGAACCUCUCGGCCGACAUCCCCGGAUACGGGGUCCCCCUCCUCCACGCCAACCACAACCAGGAGCUCAACACAGACCCUGACCCCAGGAACCUCUCGGCCGACAUCCCCGGAUACGGGGUCCCCCUCCUCCACGCCAACCACAACCAGGAGCUCAACACAGACCCUGACCCCAGGAACCUCUCGGCCGACAUCCCCGGAUACGGGGUCCCCCUCCUCCACGCCAACCACAACCAGGAGCUCAACACAGACCCUGACCCCAGGAACCUCUCGGCCCCCAACACCAGGAACCUCUCAGCCAGCAUCCUCAGGGGCGCCAGUGGGCGAUGGCCAGUUGUUCUCUGUGGUGGACAUGGCCGUGCUGGGCGGCGUGCUGGGCGCCCUGCUGCUGCUGGCCCUCCUCGGCGUGGCCUUCCUGGCCCACAAGCUCUAUGGCCCGUGGUUCAAGUGCUGCUCCGACAAAGUUCUAGAGCCUGCGCCCUCCGACUUUGACAACCAGGCCUUCCUGCCCGGCCCGGACGACGCCAACCGGGCUCCCACCCCCAGCGCCGGGCCUGAGCCCCCGCCCGCUGCGCCCCCCAGCCCCGCGCCCUCAGAGCACGCCCCUGGGUCCCCGGCCACCACGCAUGCUCAGGGCAGCCCCGAGGCCGUGAGGUCCAUCCUGACCAAGGAGCGGCGGCCCGAGGGCGGCUACAAGGCCGUGUGGUUUGGCGAGGACAUCGGGGCCGAGGCGGAUGUCGUGGUGAUCAACACGCCGGGUGCGGAUGGCGCGGGCGACGAGGACGUGGGCCCAGACCCGAGUCCCCACGAUGCGCCGGGCACGGAAUACACCUACAUCUAGCGCCCGCGGGUCCCCGCCAAGGGACAGAAUAAAGCAUUUUCCAAUCA